CUCUGGCUGGAUAAAAAGUAAACAACAGCUGAUUUAAAUUAAAUGAUUGUUUAGUGACUAUCAAAAUUAAAAACAUUUUUAUUAUAAUAAAGUUUUAUAUCUUUAUUAUUUCUAGUACUAGUGAUUGAAUGACAGUACACUCUCUAAAGAUGUCGGCAAAUUAUCUAAAUUAAUAUUUAAAAUAAUUAGAAAUAUUAAAUAUGGGGAAAGAUUCUAGUCCAACAAGGAAUAGUUCUUACAAACGGAAACGCUCUCCUUCGUAUGAAGACAAAUACAAUUCUAGAAAAUAUCUAAAAUCUAGACCUAGCACAUCACAUUCGGCACUUGAACCCGUAGAUUUUAGUUUCACCAAUUACAAAAGAGAUUUGAAUAAAAUAAUUUUGUAUAGCAAUGACAGUAAUACUGUUGUUAACAACCUUGAUGAUUUUUGGGUAUUUAUAAAGAAAUAUGAAGCCACUUUGAAGAAAGCUGGUAAACCAAUAUUAGAAACUGAAAUAAAAGCAAAUGAAUUAAAUGAUGUGGGUGUGCCAAUACAAUUUUCAAAAUUGCAUUAUAUUAAUUUUAUUACCACAAUUAAAUAUGUGGAUAUAGUUUCUGAUGACUAUGAGAGAAGAAAAUUAGAUAAGCAAUUAUUUGAAGUAUUUUUAAAUAUCGUUUCUAUUUAUAUAGAUUUUAAGAAUAAAGAGAAAUUUGAAAAACUUAAGAAACUGAGACAGGCACAAAAGGAUUUACCCGUGGCAGGUUAUAGAAAUGAAAUAGUCUCCGCAGUACAAAAUGAGAGAGUUGUGAUAGUGGCUGGUGAUACGGGCUGUGGAAAGUCAACACAAGUUCCACAAUAUCUGAAUGAGGCUGGCUUUCAGAAUAUUGCUUGCACACAACCCAGAAGGAUAGCUUGCGUUUCUUUAUCAAAAAGAGUGGCUUAUGAAAUGUUAUCACAGUUUGAAACCAAGGUUGGAUAUCAAAUUCGGUUUGAGAAGAGCCGCACUGCAGACACAAAUAUAUGUUUCAUUACAGAAGGAUUGUUACUGAGACAGAUGUCCUCAGAAAAUCUACCAAAUUAUGAUGUCAUUAUUCUGGAUGAAAUUCACGAGAGGCAUUUAAUGGGCGAUUUUUUAUUAGGUGUGCUCAAAUGUUUAAUACACAGUCGGACUGACAUCAAAUUAGUACUCAUGUCGGCUACUAUUAAUAUAAAAUUAUUUGAAGAUUAUUUCUCAGCAGAAUCUGCUAUAGUUAUUCAAAUUCCAGGUCGUCUGUAUCCAAUAGAGUUACAUUACAAACCAAUAUUCAUUGAGGAAAAACCCAUUCGGGACGAUAGGCUUGAUCCUCAACCUUACGUUCAGAUUAUGCAACUCAUUGACAGCAAAUAUCCAAGUGAUGAAAGAGGCGACCUUCUCAUAUUCAUGUCCGGUGUACAAGAGAUCACAGCGAUAUGCGAUGCAGCUCAACAGUACGCCGAAAAGACCAAGAACUGGAUAGUGUUACCUCUCCAUAGUGGUCUAUCAUUAGCGGAUCAAGAUAAAGUGUUCGAUUAUCCGCCAGAAGGUGUAAGGAAAUGUAUUGUCUCCACAAAUAUAGCGGAAACCUCAGUCACCAUUGAUGGCAUAAGAUUUGUUGUUGAUUCUGGAAAGGCUAAAGAAAUGAGUUAUGACUCGACAACAAAAAUGCAGAGGCUGAAGGAAUUCUGGAUAUCGAAAGCAAGCGCGGAUCAGAGGAAAGGGCGCGCCGGAAGGACAGGGCCCGGCGUAUGCUAUCGCAUAUAUUCCGAGCAACAGUACUCUGAUAUGGAGCCGUUCAGCACACCCGAAGUAUCCAGGGUACCACUGUCCUCUCUUCUCUUGCUAAUGAGUUCAUUAGGAGUCAACGACGUUAGACGCUUUCCGUUCAUCGAUACGCCACCAGAGGACGCUGUGGAGAAUGCGUUGUUGGAGUUGAAACAACAUGGUGCUCUGAGUUCAAACGAGAAGAUGACGUCACUAGGGAAGGCCCUAGCCAGUUUGCCAAUAGAAGUAUGUCUGGCCAAAGCGUUAGCUAUAGGUGCUGCCACGUUGCCCCCACACAAGCGAGACUCCGCCCUCGCUCUUACGGCAGCGCUAGGUAUUCGCUCGAUUUAUACUACAAGAGCACAUAGAGAUUUCGAAUGUGAGAAUGCGCGUAAGCCCGAUGAGUCGGAUCAUGGCGACCCAAUAACCCUACUGUCACUUUACUGCGCGUGGCUGAGCGUGAAGGCGGAGGGGCGGGGCGGUCGCGCCUGGUGCAAGAGGAGAGGCAUCGAGGAGCAGCGCUUGUACGAACUGACCAAGCUGGCUGCGCAGUUGAGGAGUUUGCUGCAGGAUAAUAAUUUGAUGGAAACCGUAGAACCAGAGACCAUGUCGUCGACAGAGAGGGCGCUACGUCAUGGCCAGUUAAAACAAUUGAAGGACAUGAGAAGACAGUACAAACAAAAGGCAGCGGAGGAGUCGAAACGUAAAAAACGCCUUAAAGUUGACUCUUGGGAGAUUAUAGAUGAGAGAGACAACGAGAGUGAUGCCAUAGACAUCCGGGACAUAGAGUUCCGGAUGACAAACGACGCCGCUCGGAUCCGGGCACUUAUAUCCGGGUCGAGCGCAUCUAGUGGACGCGAUCUUGUUAUGUUGAAGGUGGUUUUAUGUCGAGCACUAUAUCCUCAAAUAGCAGUGGCUGAUGAGUUUAACUAUUGCAAGUCGAAUGCGGAGCAGCUGUAUCACACUUGGAGCAAACCUUUCGUGUUCCUCCAUCCCACAUCGUUCUUCGGGAAGCAGCCGAAAGUGCUGCAACUCACAGAAGCGGAUAUUCAGACAGACAUACCGGCCGGAUACAAGAGUAAAUUGCCGCUGUCCAAUAGACAUCAAAUACUGUGUUAUUUAUCGCUGUUGGAGACAACAAAACCGUACAUAGUAAAUUCAAUGAGGAUGCCCGCGGCGCAGACUUUGUUACUUCUAGCACAUUCCAUCGACACCAAUAUGGGUUUUACAAGGAUCGUGUGCGACUCAUGGCUGCUAUUGGAGUUUCCAUAUCCAGAAACGGGAUUGAAUCUGUUAUUGAAAGCGUCCAAACUGCGACAAAGAUGGGAGGCACUUAUCAAUCGACGACUUGCAGAUGCAAACCCGAACAAAUCAGUUGAAAACGAACUUCAGAAGCAGACCUCGAAGCUGCCUUACGAAGAGUUACAACAUCAAUUGUCCUGCGAUAUAAGCUCUUAUAUGACUAGCGAAGUGUACUACACAAUAAAAAGGCUACUGCCUGGUGAUCUGAAGGUGAUAUACUGCGGGGCUGAUGAGGCACACCCGAAUGUGGACCCUAAUCCGUUCGAGGAAGGCUUCGAAUGCCGCCCUCACGAGAAGAAAGGAGGGGUUUAUGUCACUGAUAAUAUCGUUUAUAAUUGCGUGGUGGAUACAGAUUGGAGUUACAACGUAUACCAAGAAACGUACAGCCUCACUUGGUCGUGUCCAGACUGUAAUAUAGCAUUAUGUUUCUCGCCUCUAGAAAGACUGCAGCAUAAGCAGUUCACAUGCUCUUCUAGAACGAUCAAGCAGGAGCCGGAACCGUCUCGAGCGCCAAGGGAAAAUAAACCCAAUGCCAAAGAAUUCAAAUGCGAUAUUUGCAAUGAUACACUGUACAUGACACCCGUUGAAAUAUUAAGACACAAGAAAAAUUGUAAAAUGAAAUAAAGAAUUUUAUUUA